AUGACACUGUCCCUUUUCCCGUUCUCCAUCAACGACAUCCUCAGUAGAGGACUGGAGGCGCGGGAGAACCUUAAGAAGGGCACUACGGCAGAAGCGUCAAGGCAACCCACCUGCAACGCCGCAGAGAGGGAGGCCGUGGGACGGGGUAAAGCCCGGGAUCAGCGCAGGACGGUCCCGGCGGCGCUGCCUCGUGCAGAGGUGUGCGGAGAGGGAGGCGACGCGCCUGGUCCCGGGUUGACUACUGCUGGGAUUUAUACAUCUGAGAGCUACUGUGGAAACUUCCCACGCUGGGGAGCCAAACACACUUCACUCAAAGAAGACGACGACGGCGGCGGCGAUAGGUUCAAAUUCGAGACCGAGGAUUCGCAGCCCGGGUCCGGCAGCAAGAAGCGCUCCCGGGCGGCCUUCGCCCACGCGCAGGUGUACGAGCUGGAGCGGCGCUUCAGGGUGCAGAAGUACCUGUGGCCCGAGCGCGUCGACCUGGCCGCGGCGCUCACACUAACCGAGACGCAGGUCAAGAUCUGGUUCCAGAACCGGAGGUACAAACCAAACGACGUCAGCUGCUGUUGUCGACGGGAGCUGGCCCCGUCCAGCCCCCUCCCGGGCCUGCUGGGGAAGAAGGUGGCCGUCAAGGUGCUGGUGAGGGACAGCCAGAGACAGUACCCGGGGGGGUUCCCCGCUGUGCCGCUGUAUUCCACGCACCAGUACAGCCCCUACCUCCACUGUUUCCACACGUGGCUGCCGGCAGUAGGCCUGCUCUGCUGCGGGGGGAAUUGGCCCACGGAGGCAUACAUUUACAAAGGAUUGGGUGGAGAAGACUUUGGUGUUAAAGACAUCAGUACAAAUGGGCAACAAUGAGACACGAGCGGACGUAUUGAGUUGUUGUUCCAAACGACGCACCGGCUGCUCAUGUUUUGUCCUUCACGAAAGUUACAUGUUUUAUGAUUGAUUCCCUAUUUCACGAUUUUUAGAUUAAUAUAAUGAAACAAGCACCUCAACCAUCAUUAUGAUUUGAUAUGACUUAUCAUUUAAAACCGUUGCUCUUUUCAGGACAGCUGAGGUAGAUCCUUUUUUUUUUUUUUUUUUUACUUUUUAUGUGAAACUAUUCUUAUUGAAUUGGAACAAUUUAAUAUUGUCUUAUUUAUAAUGAGAGAGUUUGUUUAUCUAAUGAGUGGAAUUUACGUUAGUCACCCCAACGGUUGACUUUGAUUACGCAUUUCGAUUACAGUGUAGCCUUAAGCACAAAUAAAGGAAGGGCUUUCUGUUCAUCUUGAGGCAUUGCAAAAAAUAUGUAUAUCCCUUGAUUUCCCCGUGUAAACUGCUUUUAUUGUGCUGGCAGGCCUACUUAAAGAGCACCAGAGUUUUUUCAGUUGUAUCUGUAAGCUACAUGACCCAAACCAUCCGUUAAUUUAAAUACAAGUGACAUAGGCCUACAUACUCUGUGUCAAUUAUAAAUGGUAUGCCCUAGAAGAAUGGAAAUUGUUAACAAAGACUAUUUAUUAACCUGUCAUUAUUAUUUUUGAUUUUAUUAUUAUUAUUAUUAUUAUUAUUAUUAUUAUUAUUAUUAUUAACUUUAUUAUCAUAAAAUAAAAGCACCGGUUUUGUGGCUUGAGAAUCUUCUACUAUUUAUUAUCAUAUUAUUAUUUACUAUUUUGACAAUAACUACCUAAAGGGUUCUCCUUCAAAAAGGAAGAAAUGUAGUCCUUUUCAUAAUAUCUUAUAUUAUGUAUGAUUGUCAAACUCAAGGAGGUUAAAUUGUUUUUGAAAUAGCUGUUCAGCCCAUAAUAUAUUAUGUGUGUAUGUGCAUGGUUGGAUUGGUUGUGGGUGUGUGUUCGUGUGUGUGUGUGUGUGUGUGUG